AUGUCUGCUGAACAACUAACUCCCCUAUCAUUGGGAAUACCUAGUAUCGGAUCUACUACUUCGCGUUUUCCACAAUCAGAUGAGAUCAGAUAUUUCAGUAUGAGAAAAGAAAGCAAUAUUGGAUUACAACAAUCAUCAUAUAUGAUCAGAUUUCUAAAGGAAGAAUCGUAUCAUUUAAAACCUCAUAACGAACGCAAAAAAAGCAAGAAAACAAAAAAAUUGGUUUCCAUUACUCAACAAACUUCUAAUCAAACUAUUGUCAAAACACCUCAACCAAAGAAUAAUGGAUUAUCAUUGGGAAAUAAUAAAAUGGAAGCUCGUAAAACCGCUGAACGUAAGCUGUUAAGAAAUUCAGAAGAGGAAGAGGAAGAAGCAAUUAAAAGGCCCACAUUAGCUAUUUCUAAGAAUACUGCUUGGACAACUGUUGUUAGCAAGUCAAGCAAUAGCGCAAUUACUGCAGGAUCUCAUCAACCUAAUAACGCUAUUAUAAAUUUUGAUAUCAGAGCCUGCAGAAAAGAUUCGAUCGUAGCUUGGAAUAAGGAUUCGUAUAAGGGUAUAAAUGAUUUAAGUCCUGAUGCUUUAGCAUGGACAAAAUCACGGAAUUGGAUUGUUGAAAACUAUCAAUUUGAUGCAGAUCCUGCUACCCACGGAUCAUAUGGGAUUGAUAUUAACGGGAGUGACAAUGUGCUAGAUUCCGUUUGGUAUUGUGCUGCAAUAAAUGCUGUGAUCAUUGGAUUAGAUAGCAUUGGAAUUUCAAGUUUUUUACAAGAUAAAGUAUUCGAACUUCGAAUGAUGCUUAACACAAACGUGACUGUAACCGUUUCAACAUCUUGCAUCCAAUACCAAAAUUAUGGAAUAACAGAUACAGAGAGAUGUUUCUUAUUAUGUUUCUUCAUCACUUCCGCACUCUUACCAUGUUAUAGUUACUGA